AUGGCGAUUUCAAGUAUGGCCACAGUGGCGCUGCUGGAGGUGGAGGUGGUCAGUGUUUUGGUUGUAGAAGACGUUGUAGACGUGGUUGUGGUAGAGCUCGAUGAAGUCGUAUGUGUGCGCGUUGUAGAAGAUGAGGUAGAGCUUGUGCUUGUGGAGCUUGUCGACGUGGCGCUGCUCGACGUGGAGGUCGUAUGGGUAACUGACGACGAGGAAAAUGUAGAGGUUGUGGAUGUAGAGCUUGAUGAUGUCGCGCUACUUGAUGUAGAGGUCGUGAUUGUUUUCGUUGUAGAAGAUGUUGUGGCAGUCGUUGUGGUGGAGCUUGUUGAGGUCGCACUGCUUGAUGUGGAUGUUGUUGCUGUUUUCGUUGUAGAAGAUGUCGUGGCUGUGGUUGAGGUAGAGCUUGAAGACGAAGUGCUGCUGCUCGAGGAGGUCGUGCUUGUGCUGCUGCUUGACGAAGAAGAUGUACUAGUCGCACUUGUAGACGAUGUUGUUACCGUGGUUGCAGUGGAACUAGAAGUUGUGACGGUUGUUAUUGUGGAGGAAGUCUCUGUUAUGCUGGUGCUAGUCUUGGUAGACGUUGUCAAGGUGACCGUGGUCAUUGUUACAGUCACGGAAGUUGCAGUUGAACUGGUACGGGUGACUGAUGUGGCUGUGGAUGUCGUUCGGGAUUUGGUGGUGGAUGAUGAUGUUGUGGAAGCAGUACUUGUGGAAGUUGAAAAUGUUACUGAGCUUGACGUGGAUGUGGUGGCAGUGAAUGUGGACGACGACGAUGUUACCGAGGUGUCUGUGCUGCUUGAAGUCGUGGCUGUGCUAGUUGAACUUGCCGUGUUAGUGCUCGAAGUUGUCGUCAACGUGGACGUUGAGCUGCAACACGUGCAGGCAACACAGACAUGA